UGCCCGGUGGGCAUAUCAAAUUAACUAUCUGAUAAUUAUAUUUUCAGUCGCAGCCGGUAAGGCCCGUGAAGCCCGAAGAGGUCUCCAAAUUGGUUCUUCCACAGGUCGGUUCUUACAACUGUGAAUGUGAAGUUGCCCUCCGCCGCGAAGUGCGUUUCGUUUCUGUGUCCAGUCAACAGUUGAUUUCUAACAACGACUCCUUCGCUCGUUCGUCACCAAAAGCAAAAUCCCCGUCGUUCCUUCCGCCCAUCUCGAAAUUCCGUACCUCCGUUCUAUUCUGAUAGUUUAUAGGGCGAUUCGUAUCCCCGCAUAUUAGGUCUGCUUUGCCCUAAUAGCAAAAGAUGAGAUAAUUCUCUUCUGCUGAGAGCGAAGUUCGUUUUUUCCAUUUCUUUGGGAGCUAUGCUCGUCUUUGGGUUGAGGUGAGGAAGGUUUCGAGCAGGACGAAUUCUCUAUGGCGGAAACAAGGCGGCUUUCUCGUCAAUUUGAUAUUGAACAACUACUUCUGGAAGCACAACAACGGUGGUUGCGGCCUGUAGAAAUUUGUGAAAUCCUUCAGAACUUUAGGGCAUUUCGUAUAGCCCCAGAGCCUCCACAGAAGCCUCCAAGCGGUUCUCUGUUUCUUUUCGAUAGGAAGGUAUUAAGAUACUUCAGGAAGGAUGGGCAUAACUGGAGAAAGAAGAAAGAUGGGAAGACUGUCAAAGAAGCCCACGAAAGGCUUAAAGCUGACAGUGUUGAUGUCCUGCAUUGCUAUUAUGCUCAUGGAGAGGAGAAUGAAAACUUUCAAAGGCGGACUUACUGGAUGUUGGAAGAGGCCUUAAUGCACAUUGUUCUUGUACAUUAUCUGGAAGUUAAGGGUAGUAAAGGGGGCUUUAAUCGUGUCAAGGAUGAUGAUGACAUUGCAUCAGCGACCCGUAUGGACAGCCCUGUCUGCUCUGAUUCUUUUACUGGCCAGAGUCAUCUUCCCUCACAGACCAUGGAAAUUGGGAGCCCAAAUAGCACUCAAACAUCAGUAUAUGCAGAUGCAGAAUCCGCAGAUAAUCAUCAUGGAAGAUCCAGAUACCACCCUUUCGUUGAGUUGCAGCAGUAUGUCGAAGGACCUCAAGGAGAUGUUAACUUCUCAAACACAAAUGCCCCAUUACCUUCCCAAAGCAGUCAAUAUGAAUACCAAGAGCUCCCUUCUCAAUCAAAAUCUGGUUGCCUUUCAGUAGCACAAGAGAAUAUGACCAAACUAUUUAACGGGGCAGGCCAUGAUUUACAGUUUAACAAGGCCAGAACAUUAUAUAAUGCAACUUCCUGGGAGGAAGUUAUCGGGAAUGAAGUUGAUGGUUUCCAAAGGGCAUUCAAAACUAUUGUUACUGUUCCAGGUAACAUCUCAGGACAAGAUGAUCUGGAAUUUCAUGAACUUCUUCCAGAUGAUCUAAUUUCCAACCAAAAAGAAGCUGCUAACGAUCAGAACAAAGCAAAUUCUCAGAUAUUGGAUUCCGAAGGUUCUCUUGUUUUGUUCAAAACAGCUUCACAAAAUGACCUUUCUCUUAAUGGAAAGAUGAAUGGCCCCUCCCUUUUAAAACAGGCAUCAUUGGACCUCUCUAAUGUUGGAGGAGAUGGCUUAAAAAAAUAUGAUAGCUUCUCUAGAUGGAUGAGUAAAGAACUUGGAGAGGUAGAUGAUUCACAUAUGAAAUCUAGUUCUCAGUCCUAUUGGAACUUCAUUGAAAGUGAGAAUGUUGAGGAUUCUAGCAUGACCACUGCUGAACAUUUGGAUUCAUAUACAAUGAGUCCCUCAGUUUCUCAAGAUCAACUUUUUAGUAUUUUAGAUUUUUCUCCAAACUGGGCAUUUACUGGUUUUGAAACCAAAGUUCUUAUUACUGGAACGUUCUUGAAGGAUCGUAAAGACCUGGAGAAUUGUAAAUGGUCUUGCAUGUUUGGUGAAGUAGAAGUUCCUGCAGAAAUCAUAGCUGGUGGUGUUUUGCGCUGUGAUACUCCUUUACAUAAAUCUGGAACUGUUCCUUUCUACAUAACCUGUUCUAAUAGAUUGGCAUGUAGUGAAGUGCGAGAAUUUGAAUUCCGAGAUAAUUAUCCUCAAUGCAUGGACACUACAGAUUCCCACAGCCACAUAAAUGAACUGUAUCUUCAUGUACGUCUUGGGAAGCUCUUAUCACUUGGUUAUUCGGACCAAUCAACUCCUGUUGAUAACAUGACAGAGGAGAAAAUUAACCUAAGCUAUAAAAUUAGUUCACUUCUUAUGGAUUCUGAUGAUGAAUGGUUAAAUAUGCUUGAAACAACUAGUGGUGAAGAGUUUUGUGCUGAUAGUUCAAAAGAUCGUGUCCUUCAAACAUUAUUGAAAGAACAGUUGCAUGAUUGGCUUCUUAGGAAGAUUGCCGAGGGUGGCAAAGGACCCUGUGUUCUUGACAAAGAAGGCCAAGGCGUGCUUCAUUUAGCGGCAGCUGUUGGUUACGAUUGGGCUAUAAAGCCAACAAUCACUGCAGGUGUAGGUAUUAAUUUUAGAGAUGUACGAGGAUGGACAGCGCUUCAUUGGGCAGCUUUUUGUGGCAGAGAACGGACCGUGGUAUCCCUUGUCACACUUGGUGCAGCCUCUGGCGCAUUGACCGAUCCAACUCCAGAGUUCCCAUCUGGGAGAACGCCAGCAGAUCUGGCAUCUGCAAAUGGACACAAAGGGAUUGCAGGCUUUCUUGCUGAGUCUUCUCUUACCGCACAUCUUGAAACCCUUACCUUGAAGAAUACUGACAAUGUUGUUAUAUCUGAAGUUACUUGUACGAAGGAUAUGGAAGAUUUUGUGGAAAAAUAUGAUGUAAAUGCACCGGGUGAACCUUCUAUGAAGGACUCGCUCACUGCUGUUCGUAAGGCCACUCUUGCUGCAGCUCGCAUUCACCAAGUUUUUAGAGUCCAAUCAUUCCAGAGAAAGAAAUUACUGCAGUAUAAUGAAGAAAUGUCCGGAAUAUCUGAUAAGCAAGCUUUGUCGCGUAUAUCUAUCAAAGCGAAUACAACUGGAGAGCAUAAUACACCUGCCCAUGUUGCUGCAAUUCGUAUCCAAAACAAAUUUCGUGGAUGGAAAGGGAGGAAAGAGUUUCUUAUAAUUCGAAAGAGAAUCGUGAAAAUCCAGGCCCAUAUACGUGGUCACCAAGUGAGGAAGCGAUACAAAAAGAUUGUCUGGACAGUAGGCAUUAUGGAGAAAGUAAUACUUCGCUGGAGACGAAAAGGGAGUGGUCUGCGUGGGUUUCGAUCAGAAGGCCUGCUUGAGGGCUCUUCAGGUCAAGAAGCACAGCCCCAAAAAGAAGAAGAUUACGAUUUUUUACAAGAAGGCAGAAAGCAGGCAGAGGCUCGGAUGCAAAAAGCACUUUCAAGGGUCAAAUCCAUGGUUCAGUACCCUGAAGCAAGAGACCAGUACAGCAGGCUGCUUAAUGUUGUUUCGGAGCUCCAGAAGUCAAACAUGCUGCAAGAUAGAUCUUCCCAUGAGGUUGACGAUGUUAACAAUGGCGAUUUCAUGAUGGAAUUUGAAGAGUUGUGGGAAGAAGAUUCAAAUAUUCCUGCUUCAUAAUUUAGGGAGAAUAAUUUUCAUUGCAGUUGAUGUAAAAUUUCGUUUCACUAAAAUUGGUCUGGUAGUCUUAGCAAUAUGUAAUAUGUAUUUAAUCCCAAGAUGGGGAGAUAAUUUUUUGGCUGCAUUGGAAAUCGAAGCCGAGAGGAUACCCCAUCUUUCAUAGGGUCUGUUCUUUAAACUAGAAUAAUCCUUUGUUGCCAAACUUAAAGGAAGCAGGAAUUGUGAUUUAUAUU